AUGAGGCUUAUAGUGAUUGUUUUGAUUCUGGGGAUGCUGACAAGUUCAUGCUUGGCUGCAAACAUGAAAGCUUUAAAUCUUGAGGUACAUGAAGCUGAGCAGCGACACCUGAUAGAGGAGGAGAAAGUUGAAGUUGAACACAAACCAGAGAGCACUGAAGAUAGGGAGAGAAAGGAUAAUAAAGAAGACAAGAGAGGGCAUGAUUCCCAGGAGUCUACUAUUGCACCUAGAGUGAUUGCAAACGAGUCUGUUACUCGUUUAAGAUAG